UUUUUUUUAGCCCAGUCACUGCGCUGUCUAUUCCGCCUGUAUAUAAAAACAACCAGUCGCCCCCAUGUGAGGACUGCACACAUGCUUUUUGCUUUUAUAAUUUAUUACCAGCUGCUGUAGAGAAUAACGACAUUAUUUGCGUGCAGUUAACCGAGUCUAUUAGCUGUCAUUACAGCCUGUGUUACCCUUUUCUAUUUUUUCUACACAUUUCCUAAUUUCCCUUCAUCGCACGGCCUUCUUUUUUCUUUUUCUUUCUUUUUUUCUGAUCAUAUCAUUAGCACCAUCUCUCAUAUAUUUUAAUAUUUUUAAGGUUACUACUGGCGAUCAAAUCAAUAUUGUAUAUUUAUAUUAGCCACACUGCCUCCAUACAAAUAAGCACGCACGCGCAAUCACACGUUUUUUUCUUGUUUUUUGUCCGUUGUAUUUCUCACAUUUUUUUAUUUUUCACAAAAAUGGCAUCCACAACUAGCGUCGACAACAUCGACAUGGGCACAACAGUGUGGAUGAUUGCAUCCACAGCGCUCGUGUUUAUGAUGAUCCCGGGUCUCGGCUACUUUUACAGCGGCAUGGUCCGUAGCAAAAAUGCCCUGUCACUAGUGUUCAUGUGCAUGUUGGCGCUGGCUGUCGUCACAUUACAGUGGGUGAUCUGGGGCUACUCGCUCGCUCUUUCGGAGACAUCGACAAACCCUUUUAUUGGCAACCUCUCACACUGGUUGUUCUUGGAUGUCAACUAUAAACCGCACCCAAACGCACCAACAGUACCCGGAAUCGUGUUUGCCAUCUACCAGUGCAUGUUUGCUGCUUUGACACCAGGACUGGCGAUUGGCGGUGCAGCUGAGCGGAUUCGCGUGCUGCCGACUAUUGUCUAUACGUUCAUCUGGACGACGCUCGUGUACGACCCCAUUGCCUACUGGGUUUGGGCGCCCAACGGCUGGCUGUGCAAAAUGGGUGUGCUGGACUUUGCCGGCGGCUGCGCCGUUGAGAUAGCGUCAGGCUUUGCGGCACUGGCUUUUUACUUUGUGCUCGGCGAGCGCCGCGGAUUUGGCGAGGAGAAGUGGCACCCGCACAAUUAUCUCAACAUCAUUUUGGGCUUCGCUUUCCUCCUGUUUGGCUGGUUUGGAUUUAACGCUGGUGCUGCGUCGCUAGUGUCAGGACGUGCUGGCAUCGCCUUUAUGACCACCAUACUGGCCGGUGCUGUUGCCGGGUUGGUCUGGCUCGGUCUGGCCUUCCGUGUGGAGCACAAGUUUUCAAGCUUUCACUUUUGCUCGGGCGCUGUGGCCGGCAUGGUGUGCGUGACGCCCGCAGCCAGCUACGUGGCCACCUGGGCGGCCAUUCCCAUGGGCGUAAUCUCUGGCGUCUGCUGCUACUACGCUAUUGGCCUUGCCCUGCGUCUGGGUAUCGACGACUGCAUUGACGUAUUUGCCGUCCAUGGCAUUGGGGGUCUUCUUGGAGUUUUUCUGACCGGUGUUUUUGCUGACAAGAACAUCAUUGAGCUCGACGGCAUUCCAUCGGCCGGUGGCCUAAUCAACGGAAACGGCCGCCAGUUGUACAUUCAGCUGGCUGCCUUGAGCGUCUGCGCGGCCUGGUCCUUUACUGUCUCGUUUAUCGUGCUCAAGAUAAUGAACUACAUUCCUUUGUUCCGCUUCCGCGUCCACCCCGACGCCGAGGAACACGGACUGGACUUUACUGAGCUUGGCGAGGCUGGUUACAACUUUAUGCACGAGAUUGCUCAAAUGCACAGCGAGUCGCAGAGCCCCCGCUUGCAGGCGCGCAGCUUCCAAGAGUCCGACUCUAUCAAGCAUCCACACAAGGACAUGCCGCUGAUCAAAGAGUCUGUGUCGUCGGGUCUAUUGACUGCCACACCUUCUGUGAGGGCAAUCUGAAGUAGCAAGUUUGCUUACGCCUCAUUAUACACGUGCAUUGUACAUUUUCAUCUAUCGAUUUUAUACCUGUAAUUUUAAUUCAUUAUUUCAUACAUUCACACAAACAUACGUCCAUUUUUAA